AUGAUUUCACAUCAUAUUUUCAAAGUCUUGGAUUUGGUUGACAUUCAAACAAUAUUAAAUGGCGCUCAAAAAGGUGUGUCCACAUCGGUUAGCUGUAAGGCCUGUACGACAUUAAUCGGUGUUAUAUUUAGCAAAUGGAUACCCAUAACAAUUAUUGCAAACAUUAUCACACAGAUAUGCACUUUGAUUUACGCUAAAUAUGUUUGUGAGGGUUAUCUUAAUCUUUUUAAGGCACCAUUAGAUGAGGUUCGGCAUAAAACUCGACUAACAGCCUCAGAAAUAUGUGCCAUAUUAUUGGGCAAUCAGUGUUUAGCUGGAGAAGCGUCAAACAAUGUAAUAUUACAUCUAACAGAUAUACAUCUCGAUACUGAUUAUGUGCCACUAACUGAUCCAAAUUGUGGUGCACCCUAUUGUUGUCGACAUAAUAAUAAUAAUAAAGUUGAAAACCAAAGUCAAGUUAAUGACAAAUAUGCCGGUCUCUGGGGAUCAUACCAUUGUGAUGGACCCAAAAAGUUAAUGGAUAAUCUGUUUGCUAGUAUAGACUGGCAGUCAAUCGAUUGGAUCUAUUGGACGGGAGAUGUGACGCCACACAACACAUGGGAAGACACCAGAGAUGGGACAAUAAGAAACUCACAAAUAAUCAUUGAUUAUUUGAAAAUGUUUACAAAUAAAACAGUUAUCAGUGUCUUUGGAAAUCAUAUAUCGGUUCCCGUCGGGACUUUUUCCCCUAAAAAAAUAACUGGAAAAUUGUCGACCACUUAUCUCUACGAAGAAAUGACAAAACAAUGGUCUCAAUGGUUGCCAACUGAAGCGUUGUCAACAUUUCUCAUUGGUGGUUACUAUACAAUGAUCAUUAAACCCGGAUUUAAGAUAAUUGUUUUAAACACUAAUUAUUGUUCCCGACUAAACAUAUGGACAUACUAUGAUCCCAUAGAUCCUGAUAAUCAACUAAAUUGGUUGUAUAAUGAGCUUGAAUUAGCCGAAACUGCCGGUCAAUUAGUCCACAUUGUGGGACACAUUCCUCCCGACAAUCGUGAGUGCACUCAGUCCUGGCUUUACAACUAUAUGGCAAUUGUCGAGAGAUUUAGCGAUACAAUUGUCGGUCAAUUCUUUGGUCACACACAUUACGAUGAGUUUCGGAUCUACUAUUCAAACAAUGACUGCAAUAAAGUUAUUGGAUUUGCUAUAUUGAGUCCAAGUGUUACAUCAUUUGAUGCUUUAUUAAAUCUUAAUCCGGCUUAUCGUAUAAUAAAGUGUUAUGAAAACGGUGUUAUACAAGACAUUGAUACUUAUGCUAUGGAUCUGAGACGUGCCAAUAGUGAACCCGAUCGGACACCCGACUGGCCAUUUGAGUACUCGAUGGCAAAUGACUACUCAAUGAGAUUUACAAAUCGUGACUUUGAUCGACACAUUGAAAAUAUAAAACGAGACAACUAUUAUCUGCAACUAUUUUACUCAAGAUAUACCCGAUUUUCAAUCAAUGAAAACCAGUAUUGCAAUACUGAUUGUAAAACUAAAAUAAUAUCCGAUAUUAUGACAUGUAAUGCUUUCACAAAUUAUCCAAAACCAAUUACAAGUGUCGGAUAA